AUGGUGCAGUACUCCGCGGACUUUGCCCGCCGCGUGGCCGCUCUUUGUUGUGCCAAGUUCGACGAUCUGCCGAAGUCCGGCAAGCCACAGCCGAGGGAGUGGACCGUCUUGGCGGGGGUUGUGCAGUGCAUUGAAACUUCAAUGAGCAGUCGACGGGUAGGAAGUAAACACGCAGGAAAUUAUGCAUUCAGUGAGCUUGACAUCCAUGAUGCAUGUCAUGCUCGAAAAGAUCAAGAUACUGCAACAAUAAGCUUUCAAUGUGCUAACCUUUCACUGGAGCCCAGCUUGCAAGAAAGGAAUGAGAAACGUUCGUUCGAUGUGCUUGAAAUGAGUGAUGAGGAAAGUGAUGCGAACCUUGUACAAAUUUAUGACAAAUGCGAAGUUUCAAGUAGAACUUCCUGUGAUAAAAGAGACGGUGUCACCUUUUUUCCGUCAACAAACGAUGCACCUCACACUUGGUCAAGGAAGCCAGCCCAACACGAGAGUUACACAUCUGGUAAUGGUUGCCAAUAUUCUGGUGACGCCGAAGCAUGCAUGGGUGAGAACUCUCGUGGUGAUGUUGGGUGCGGCAACCAUGACUUGCAUUUGUCCGUGGUCGCCCUGGGCACGGGCACGAAAUGCUUGGGAGACUCCAAGUGGUGUGAGCUGGGCACUCGUAUACACGACAGUCACGCAGAGGUGGUCGCCAAACGCUCCUUCCAGAGGUACCUCAUGGACCAAGCUCAAGUUCAACUUAGUGGCCAACCGUCGAUUUUUGAAACGAUUAUUUCUGCCCACGGCCCGAAACUGAAGCUUAGGAAAGCAAUCACUUUCCAUUUGUACGUGUCGUUCACACCAUGUGGAGAUGGCUCCAUAUUUCCUCAGCAAUGGUCAACAUAUCCAGGGAGUUCGAAUGGUUCAAUGACUCAUCACAUGAAUCCGCCUGAAUCAGACAAAAACGGUUGUUAUGAACCCUCUUUGAAAAGAAUCAGGAUCGACGAUUGUUUAGGCCCCGUAGCCGAAUGUGAUAUCCGAAUGCAAGAAAACAAUCCAACUCAUUUAAAUUACCAUGAUAUUCAGUCUCAUUUUGAAUGCGAUAAUUCAAUGGAUACUUCUACACAAACGGACAUAAGCUUGGAUACAAACCGCACCGGGGCCAAAUGCGCUCCAGGCGAAGCCUUGGACCCGAAAGCCCCAGGUUCCCUGUACCACAGGCACGGCGUUCUACGUACCAAGCCUGGACGUGGACCUUUUUCUUCCUCGCACUGUUGUAGUGAUAAACUUUUUCGCUGGAGUGUCCUUGGGGCUCAGGGCUGCCUAUUGAUGGGGAUACUGCAGUGUCCUGUCUACUUUGAAUCCAUCACAUUCGGCGCAUGUCCCUUCAAUUACGACGCAAUCAACCGUGCUUUGCACACAAGGUUUUUACCGCAGAUAGAGACACUCAGUUUGCCCGAUGGUUUUAGGUAUCAUCAAUACGUUAUUCUGAAAACUGAUUACGCUUUUAAACAUUCCUGUGAGGAAUCUGAGAAACGUGUCGGGAUUGGAAAAUCAGUUCCCGUCGCAUCGUCUGUUUGUUGGUAUGCCGGAUCUGGAAAUGAAACGACAUCUAACGUCAUCGUUGAAGGCAGAAAACAAGGAGUAACCAAGCUUAAUCUUCUAACGAAGAAGGGUCAAGUAUUAGUGUGCCGCGCUCAGAUGCUUGAAAAAAUACUUCAGUUGCACCAACUCAGGUACAAAAACUUGGCAGAUUCCAACGAAAUUAUUUCUCGUGGUAUGGUCGAGUUGAGAAGUUUGGAGUACCGCCAGCUGAAGGAGCGGUCCGAUUCUUACUGCGAGUCUUGGCGGCUUUUGAAAUCUACAGUACUUCGCAACUGGACGUCGAAGAGAGAUAAUCUCCAGAGAUUUCGCGUCAACUGAAAUAGUUAAUAUUUGUAAUUGCGUCAGGUUGCGCCAGCAAACCGUGCGAGUGAUUUAUAGCUCUUGGUGAAGCCAAGUCCAAGAGAAGCUAAGCUACUGUCAGGUAUCAAAUAUUGACCAAAAAUUUCAACCGAAGAGUUGAUGUAUAAUAAUAAGGCUUUUGUGCUCAUUUUUCCCACUAUCUGACUGUGUGAAUGUUUAUAACUAUUAAUGCCUGUAUUAUGUUAUUUUAGGAACAAGAAUAUCAAAGUGAUUGCAUCUUAUUAUGAUAUAUACGUACACAUGAUUCACUUGAUUAUAAUAAUAAUAAUAAUAAUAAUAAUAAUAGCGGUUUCAGCGUUUA